AUGAGUGUAUUUGAAGAGGUUUCUGACUCAGUAACAGUUCAAAUUGUGAGCUCUGUCUUAUUUACUGAGGACUCAGACAGGAAUCUCAUGCUUUGCCUUCAGAAUGAAGCUAAAGAAAUGGAAAAUCCUACUGAAUCUCCGAAUAAGAGGCCUUGUUUGUCCUCUGAAGCUGAUUCUACUCCAUGUAUGUCAGCUCUUGAAUUCCCACUACCAGAAAUGGAGCAAAAUUUUAGUUUGGUCACAACCACAGCCACAGAGGUGGCUGAUGAAGAGUUUACUGAGGAAAAUACGACGAAACAAAAAUUACAAAUCACAAAGCUUUUAAAAGAUGACCAACCAGAUGAAGUUUUCCCCUUGAAUAAUGAGGAAGAGUCAGUAGUUAGCAAAGCAUGGUUCACAGGUAAGGAAGUUAAGGAGGCUCUAACCAAUCAAGGACAUAAAUGGAAGCAGGGGAUGUGGUCUAAGGAAGAAACAGAUAUUCUGAUGAGCAAUAUCGAAAGGUAUAUGGAAGAACAUGGUGUAGAGAAUCCUGCAGAAAUCAUUUUUAAGAUGUCAAAAGGUAAAAGAAAAGAUUUCUACAGGUCUAUAUCAUUGGGUCUGAAUCGACCUUUGUUUUCAGUUUAUAGAAGAGUGGUCCGAAUGUAUGAUGACAGAAACCAUGUUGGUAAGUACAGCCCUGAGGAAAUAGAGACGCUCAAGGAGCUCUGGCAGAAAUAUGGCAAUGACUGGAUAACAAUAGGGGCCGCCAUGGGAAGAAGCCCGUCUUCGGUCAAAGACAGGUGCCGACUGAUGAAGGAAACUUGCAACACGGGGAAAUGGACCGAAGAAGAAGAACAGAUUCUUGGAGAUGUGGUUCAUGAAUUGACAUGCACCGAGGUGGAUGAGAAAGUCACUCAGGGUGUGUGUUGGGCAACAGUGGCUCAACGAGUGGGUACUCGCUCAGCAAAGCAAUGUCGUGCAAAAUGGCUCAACUAUCUGAACUGGAAACAGACUGGAGGUAUUGAGUGGACAAGGAAAGAUGAAGUCAAUCUCAUCCACAGGCUAGCAGAGCUUGAUGUAUUUGAUGAAAGUGAUAUUCGCUGGGAUGAUUUAGCUAAAGGAUGGGAAAGUGUUCGUUCACCACAAUGGCUUCGAAGUAAAUGGUGGGCCAUCAAAAGGCAAAUCACAAAUCACAAGGAUUUUGCAUUCCCAGUACUAGUAAAGUGUCUUCAACAAGUAUAUGAGAGCCAGAAUGCCAGCCUCAGGUUUUGGGAGAAUAAAUCAGAAUCUGAAGUAUCAGACAGCAACCCUGAUAUCAGUUCUCAACAAGUCCCGUUUGGAGUCACAGGUGUAGAAGAUAAUAACACAUCCCAUUGUCCAGGACCCAUGACAGGGUUGCAAAUUUCACUCCAGCUUGUCCCCAGGUCCUCAACAGAAUUACCUGCUGCUGUUGUUGACUCUGAAACCAUAACUCUGCCCACUGGACCACAGUAG